AGCUUUAUGAAGAUACUUCGAAUGAAGAUGCAAAGAGACCCUUAUCAAAACAAGAUUUUAUUGCCAAAUUAUACAACACUAUACCAGGUGGUCAAAGCUUAAAUAUUCCGAGGAAACAAUUGAUACUAAUAGGAAGAAGCUCGAGUUGUGAUAUAAGAAUUUCAGGUGGAGAUGUGUCAUCGAAACACUGCCAACUAACCAUAAUACCUGGAAAUGCUUCCAAUGGUCGAGAAUAUUUAAACAUGGAAGACUUGAGUAGUAAUGGAGUAUAUAUCAAUGAUGAGAAGUUAAGUAAAGGUGAUAAGAUGAUUCUUCGAAGUGGUGACAAGAUUAAAUUCGCUAAGAUGGGAGGAUGUUAUAUAUUCCGUUAUGUUAUAGAUAUACUAAAUGAUGAAGAAGAAUCAAAAGUGUCCAAGAAGGUAAGGACACACAAGCGGACAUUUUUCGAUGAUUACAUACUAGGAGUCCAACUUGGAUCAGGACAUUAUGCCGUUGUGAAAGAAGCCAAAAAUAAACAAACUGGUAAAGUGGUAGCAGUCAAGAUUUUCCAUCCUAAUAAGACAGGAGGUAGAAGUAAUGCUAACGAAGAAGCAAAAUUACAGCAAGAAAUGAAUUUAUUAUUAUCUAUCGAUCAUCCAAACAUUGUAAAAUUCAUUUCACAUUACAUUGAACCUUUAAAUGAGUAUGCGGUGACGACUUAUUUAGUAUUAGAAAAAAUGAAUAGUGGAGAAUUAUUUCAAAGAAUAGUUAAUAAGCUGAAAUUAAGACAAGAUGAGACCAAAGCUUUCUUCAAACAAUUACUUUCAGGUUUGAAAUAUUUACAUGACAAUAACAUUAUCCAUAGAGACAUAAAGCCGGAGAAUAUCUUGUUGGAUAUUACACCUAGAAAAAGUAUAGACCAAGAACAAACUGGUCCCUGGGAUGAGAACGAAUUAGACAUUAAAGUUAAGAUAGCUGAUUUUGGAUUAGCUAAAUUUAUUGGAGAAUUAAAGUUCACCAAUACAUUAUGUGGAACCCCAGCAUAUGUUGCACCAGAGGUAUUGAGGAACGAUCGUAAUUAUUCCACUAAGGUUGAUAUUUGGUCAACGGGUGUUUUACUUUAUGUGUGUCUUUGUGGAUUCCCUCCAUUUAGUGAUGAACUAGGACCUCCUAGUAUGAGAGAACAAAUCUUGCAAGGGAAAUUUGCCUUUUACUCUCCUUAUUGGGAUGAUAUUGUUGAUGAUGCUCUUGAUUUGAUCACAAAUUUAUUGGUAACCGAUUCUCAUGAAAGAUAUGAUGUACAUCAAAUGUUGGAACAUGAAUGGUUUCAAACUUCAAAUGUGAUUUCCAAUGAAGAAUCAUCGGAAUCUGAACAAAAUAUGGAAUCCCAAGUAUUUCAAGAAAAUGAAAAUGACUUUAAUGAGAUAAUGGUGUCAAGAGCUGUGUCGAGAAAUGAAAGUUUGAUGUCAUUUGUAUCAAGAUCGAAUACCCAACCAUUGACUUUACGUGAUAGAUUUUAUUCCAAUAUAGAAGAAGACAGGUCUUCUGUUAUAUAGAUUAUAGAAAUAUUAUAUACAAGAUAA